AGCUCUUGCCAGCUUUAGCUCUUUGGAAGGUUUGAAAGUUUGGAGAGGGAGAAACUUCUCUGUUCUGAGCAUCUGAGUGGUUGGAAACUUGGGGCCGAGGCCGGGAGGAGUGGGGAGGUAGGAGGGGACGUGCCGCGUGCCUACCUCAGUGACCGGUCAAAGUACGGAGUACGUACCGAAUGGUCGACCGCCUCGGAAUUUUAACUUGAUUUUUUUUGGCGUGACGUGCCCGCUGGCGUCAUAAGGCCUCAAUUGCCCAAUGGCGCACCCUUGUCUGCCACACGAUGGGAAGGAAGUGCCAGGUGACAGCCUCCCACCUCCCCUCUCCAAGCGAGGGCGGGAGUGAAGCACAGAAGGAGCGACUUGAAGCACGGGAGGGGGGGCGGAAGGGAAGGGAACCAACCUGUAUGGAAGUGGAUGGGAAAGGAUGGGAUGCUUUGGUUGGGUUGAACUUGACAAAGGUUGGAAUUGCAUGGUCCAUCUGGAGUUUGGGAAUUGGAGUUCCUAUUAGAUACCAUUUACCCAAUGAAUGCUCAACGAAUGAUUGUACUCUGCAUCUAUCUGCAUGUCAAACAAGACCCGUCCAGGCUGUGUUUUGCAUGCGCCUCUCUCUACCUCUCUCUCUUCUCGAUUCUCGAGUCUCUGGUUCUCCAUCCCCGUGCAUGUUCACAUCCACUCUGAUGUGUGUCCAUCUGGCAUCUCGGCGCUCCCGUCCCGGAUCUGCUGUGGGCUGUAGUGUAAUUCGUAGCUUCAUCUACCUUACGGAUAGUCGAUCCCGAGUGGAAGAGAGUUGAAGGCGGAGAUGCAAGGCAGCCCGGCCUGCCUGGAUGUCCCCUUCCCGCUGGGCAGGUGGGCGGGCGACCUUGGGCUGACACACACACACCGGACAUGAUAAUACCGCAGCACUC